AUGGCCACGAAACUUGAUCUCUACAACUCAUUUUACCCUCAUUUGAUUACUGAAGCACCAUUCUUAAGUCCAGAUGUUCUCCCCAACAAAUUUGCCAAGAUGAACUUGGGGAACAGUGAGCCCCGCCGAGUCGCUGGCGAAUCAUUUGUCGAAACACAGCCCCCAGACCAACCACCUCAACCUAGUCGCAGGGCUAACAAGCGUCCCCGCUACCAAAACUUGGAAACCAGCAGCAGUGGCCAGAACGAGGAGGAGGAUGGUGGAGGAGAUGACCGAGAUGGCCCCAGAUAUCCUCAUACAAAGGUGCCGGUAUUGUCAUUCGAAUGUCCAUUCUGCAAAUUAGAUCCGCGCCGGUAUGAGGAGUGCAGAGGCCGCCGAUUAAAACGUCUAUCCGAUGUCAUUCAACACAUCAAGCGCCAACACCUGUUAGAGGAAGUGAGAUUAGAGUCUGAAAGAUGUCAGCCAGAGGAUAUUAUUCUCUAUUGUGCAAGAUGCCGGUGUCUUUUUCAUGGUAUGGGUGCUGAGCGGAGGCGCCGAAGGCACCUGACUGAGGAAAUCCCGUGUCAGAUAACCAAUAUCGAGCAAUCCGGUGUCAUGCUACCCCGAGAGCUCCAAGAGCUGAAAUCAGAGCUUGGUUUAUACCCGCGGCAUAGUGAAAGCUUUAGAUGGUACAUUAUCUGGGACAGGUGUUUUCCAGGGAAAGCCCGUCCACUAUCGCCGUACGUGGAGAUCAUUCUUCCACGUCCGCAGGUACAAUUGAUGAUUGAAGAUGAACUUCGGUCAGUACAACGCCUAUCGUCAGCAGAGGCCCGAUCGAUUGCUAGACGAUCUACGGAGAGAAUCUACACCACUUCAUCGCCCGCGUCGGAACCCCAGAGGAACCCCUCCGUACCCCCUGUGCCCCCACGGGCCCGGCCGAAUGCUGCGCAGCGAGCCCUAGAACCAACCCAUAGGGUCUUAAAUUACACGCCUCCCAAUCGGGCGUCUUCCUCUCAACCUUUCCAACUCUUUCGCCGACCGCAAGGUCUCGAAAACGACUCUGACUCAUAUAAUACUGGUGUCUUUGAAACACCGAAUGCGAGUCAGGGCGAUAAUUCCUUUCAUCGGAAUAAUACGUUUACUACUAACAGUGCACCAAUUCCAAUUUCGGGCUUUGGGGUAUAUACGACUUAUGAGCACAACAUUGUUGACUCUGGAUAUUCUACUGCUCCUUAUGUUGGAUAUUCCACUGCUUCUUUCGAGUCGGCGAGUCAAGACGACGACUAUUUGAACCCAGACGGUGAUACUGUGGGUCGCCGUGGCUCACAAUAUUGA